CAUGAAUGUGUGUGUGUAGUGUCUUUAGUAGUGACUUUUCUCCUCCCCUCAACAGGCGGUAAACUAGAGAGGGAGUUACAGGGGAGGGAGUUAGAAGUCAAAUUGAAGGGGGAAGUGUGUCAUGAAACCGGAGAGACAGGGAGAAAAAACGUGGACUUAAAGGCAAGGAAAAUCAGUCUUCAACCAGGAAGAAAGGGAGAAGUUCAGAGGGAGGGGGAAAAGUUUUAUUUAGGGGGCUCGGGCUCAACUUUUCUAUUAGGACAAAAAUUAGUUAAAGUUGAGCUUAAAUUCUUUUGUUAUUCAAUAAGGAACUCAAACCUUUAUUUCAAGCCUCUGUGAGAAGACACAACUGAAAGCAGCAGCGAUGGCGCCCACUCUCGUCCAGGCCUACAGGAGGCGCUGGUGGAUGGCGGUGACAGCGGUGAUUGAAAACCUGCUGUGUUCAGCUGUGCUGCUGGGAUGGGGCUCCUUGCUCAUCAUGUUAAAGAGGGAAGGUUUCUACUCUCACCUGUGCUCAGAAAAUGACACAGGGCACGUGACUUCGGAUAACUCCUCUGGCCAGAAGGUUGAGGAGUGGGUCAGCUGUGUGGACCAGGAAGAGAUGCUGAAUCUGGGCUUCACCAUCGGUUCCUUCUUGCUCAGUGCCACCACCCUCCCGCUUGGUAUCCUGAUGGAUAAGUUUGGACCACGUCCCAUUCGACUGGUUGGAAGCUCGUGUUUUGGUCUGUCCUGUAUUAUGAUGGCCACCUCUGCCUACAAGACCGACGUCCUCUCAGCGCUCAUCUUUCUGGCUCUUUCUCUGAAUGGCUUCGGAGGCAUCUGCCUGACCUUCACCUCCAUCACGCUCCCCAACAUGUUUGGUGCCCUGAGCUCCACCAUAAUGUCUCUGAUGAUCGGCUCCUACGCUUCCUCUGCGGUCACCUUCCCUGGAGUCAAGGCCAUCUACGACGCAGGCGUGUCGUUCACGGUGAUCAUGUGGACGUGGGCGGGUCUUGCCGCAUUUGUCUUCAUAAAUUGUUUUGUUAACUGGCCCAAAGAAGGUUUUCCAACACCUGAAGAGGUGGACUACAGUAAGAUCCUCCAUGUUCAAGAGCCGCCUUCAUCUGAGCAGAAGGUUGUUGGUGAGAGACUGAGCCACCAAAACGGAGACGUCCGACACUCCACAGAGAAGCUUGCUAAUGGACAUGAGGUUGCACCCAAUGCGGUUCCUUUCCGUCGGUCUGUGUUUUCUCCCAUCUUCCUCUGGAGUCUGGUUACCAUGGGGAUGUCCCAGUUGAGAAUCAUCUUUUAUAUGGGGGCAAUGAACAAGAUGCUGGAGUUCCUGAUCACCCAUGGAGAAGAGCACCCGUCUGGCAAGCUAGCCAAGGAGGCAGAAGAAAAAGUGGGUUUCUACUCGUCCACCUUUGGCGUGCUACAGCUGUUGUGUCUGGUCACAUGUCCUCUGAUUGGCUACAUCAUGGACUGGAAGAUGAGGGAGUGUGAAGAGGAUCAGACAGUCCCCUCAGGCACACAACAGAGGCUCACCAGUCGACCCAAAAGAGACCGUAAAAUUCAGAAGGUGACAAAUGCAAUGAGGGCGUUCAUCCUCACUAACCUGCUGCUAAUUGCAUUUGGAGUCUGCUGCCUCAUUGACAACCUGCCUCUACAGAUCUUGACCUUCAUCCUCCACACUAUGGUCCGAGGCUUCAUCCACUCCUGCUGUGGAGGUCUUUAUGCUGCUGUCUACCCGUCCAACCACUUUGGCACGCUGACAGGCCUCCAGUCCAUGAUCAGCGCUGUGGUCGCUCUGCUGCAGCAGCCACUCUUCAUCGCCAUGGUUGGACCAUUGAAAGGAGACCCCUACUGGAUCAACCUCGGCCUGCUGAUCUUCUCCUUUACUGGCUUCCUGUUGCCAGGUUACCUGUUCUGGCACUGCAGACAGCUGACGAGGGAAAAGAAGGCCAGAGAAAAGCUGGCUGCUGAUCAGGAGAUGGAGGCGCUCAACCACACUACCGCCAAUGGCUGCAAACCUCACACUAAUGGCUUCGCUGCUAUAGAUGCUUAGAGAACACGACAGCUGAGGAUAGGGGGGACAGUAGGAUUAGCUUUGAAAUAAGCAACCACAAAGUUAUGUUAAGUUUUGUUUUGUUUUUUUCUUUUUUUUAAGCUGGUGCUAGUUCUCCUCGUAACAAACCACAUCAGAAAGAAUAUGAUAUCUCACAUGUUUGUAUUUUAGGGAGAUUUGUCAUCACUUGUUUUGUUAUUUUAUUUAUUUUGGUCUAGGUCAAGGAGCCAAGUUAGUGUGUUUAAAAAGCCAUGGAUUUCAUUUGAUAUCACGGUACUUGAAAUACUAUGAUAUAGUUUUCAAAGACUUAUAAUCAUGACAAUACUAGUUAACACCAAAGAACUGCUCGAAGAUAUUAAGUUACACUUCCUGUUCAGUAUUUUAGGAUUCAAACAUUUAGUCCUCUAUACGGACAAAAGUAAUAAGUGACGCCUUUCAAAAACUGAAUUCAGGUGUUUCCAGUCCCAGUGCCACAGGUGUAUAAAGUCACGCGCCUCGCCAGCGGCCUGCCUUUACCAACAUUUGUGAAACAAUGGGUCGCUUUAUGGAAUUCACUGAAUUUAAGCACAGUGCUGUAAUAGGAUGCCUUUGUUACCACCAGUCAGUUUGUGGGAUUUCUUUAUUUAUAUAUUCCAUGAUUAGUUGUAAAAGGGGUUAUUGCAAAGCAGAAGCGUUUAGGAACCUCAGUUAAUACAUGGUAAACCAAAUAAAGUUAUAGAGUGGGACUAUUGAGUGCAGAGGCGCAUAAUGUGUAAAUGUGCCAACAAGCUGACUUGAUAACUCUGGAGUUCCAAACCUCCUUUCACAUUAACAUCAGCACAAAAACUGUACGCCAGGAGCUUCGUGGCAGGCCAAGAAGCUACUGUAAGUGUAAUGUGUAGGUGGUCUAAAGUGUAGAUUAAUAGUGCUUUUUCUACUGUAGUCUCCAACAAACUCUAAAAAAAAAAAAAAAAAAAAAAAAAAAAAAAACAAAAUAAGACACUGUUAAUGCAUGUGAAAAAAAAUCCUAAAGACCUAGACGAUUUGAACAUUUCAAUAUUUAUGAGAACUUCAGCUCUUCACAAACUUUCUCUGAUUGAAACACACAGGCGGACACCACAUCUACCUCCAUUUACUUUUCUUUCUUUUUUUUUGGGACUGUCGCUCUUUAACAGACUCCUUUGCCUAUCCAGCAUUUAACACACCCAAUCCAGCAUUUUCAUUUAAAUUAAAAUACCCCGAGCUGAAAAGAGAGGUUUCUCCUUGUGUGAUUCAGACAUGAAGUUCAACCAGCUUAUUUGCCCCUCACAUUUCUGGACUCUUUUAUAAAUAUAUACAUCUAUAGGAACGACCGGGAUGGGUUUUGGUAAUUUUGACGCACAGUGUCAGUGUUUGGGAACACUUUGUACUACUUUAUGCACAGAAAUGAACUAGUGUGUGUAUAAAAUGUGUAUUGAAGUGUAGUUUUUAUAAUUUCUGUAGUAUUAAAAAGGGAAGCGCUUCAUUAUCAGCUAAUGUUAUUUUGUAGCGGGCCUAUUCUAAAGGAAGCUCGGGUGAUUUAAUGUUUAUUCAGCUCAGUUUUGUAUUGCAGGAAAAGAAAACAUCCUCCAGCAAAUUGUCUUGUAAAUAAGUGUGAGGUGUGACUUGUAUUUUAUGAUCUGCCGCUUGCUUAACAUUUUUGUGUACAGUAUAUUAAGCGAAGACUGAGGAAGUGGCUGGGGUCAAACUUGUUUGUUGUAAAUGUGAUUUUUAACUUGAUAAAAACACAUCUAGCUGCAGCACGUGGUCUCAGCCAACGGCGGGAAAAAACAUUUAUUUUUAUUCCAAAGUGUUGUGUACAUGAUCCACAUGACCUUGUGUCAUUGUGUUGUGUACAUGUUUGUUCUGCACAAAUGUGCACAAAUUACAGCACCAAUCAGCUUUGAUGUAUAUUUUUAAUUGUUUUAAUUCAAUCCAUUUCAAUGCCUGGGCAGCUUUCAGUAGAUUUUUCCGUUAUGUAUUGUCAUUUUAUUUAUACACCAUUUUCCUGGUCAUAGGACGUGUUCAGCUGCUUGACUCUUUGCAUGCUUGCUUAGACGUGAGGUUUUUAUUUCAGCUUUGUGCCUGUGCUGCUAUCUUUGCAAUGGAAGUGAAGGCAAGAUUAAUGCCUCUAGCAAACCGCUUACUCUCUAAACCAGGGGUGGGGGAACUCCAGGCCUCAAGGGCCGGUGUCCUGCAGGUUUUAGAUGUGUCCUUGAUCCAUCACGACUGAUUUAAAUGGCUAAGUUCAACAUGGUUUGAAGUUCUCCAGUGGCCUGAUAAUGAACUACUCAUUUAAAUCAGCCGUGCUGGAUCAACGACACAUCUAAAACCUGCAGGACACCGGCCCUUGAGGCCUGAAGUUCCCCACACGCUGCUCUGAACCAAAGACCUCUUUAGGGACUGUGAUAACAGUUGCUAGUAUAGGAACAUAAAUCCCCACCAGGAAUGCCUUAAUAUCAACUAUGCACUAGCUCUGCAGUAAAGUCCAAUUUGUUGUUAACUCACCUUUAAUCUUCAUAGAGGCUGAAAUUUUUAUUACUUUGUAUAGAUUAGUAUUUGAAAGUUUGAAGUUCUACUUUUGUCAUUUCUUUGUGUCCUUCUUAUGUUAAAAUAUUUAACAACCAUCUGUUGUAUUAUAGAUCCGUGUAAGUAGCUGUCUGAAAAGUUAAUGACUUCUGCUUUUGUCUUUAUAUUUGAUUAGUAGUUGCCACCUUGAAUUUAACCUGUGCCUUUGACAGUCUUGAAAACGUCCUUUGCUGUAUCUGUAAAGACUGUUAGAUAAACUGCCUCCAUGAUUAGUGUUGAAAUGCUGCGUAGCUAAAUUAAAUCUUGCAUCACUAUAACCAGCAUGUGCAUUUGAUGUAUGAAUAAAUGCCAAGACAUUG